AUGGACGUCCUCAACCAUGGCGCCCCCGACCUCGCGACGCCGCCCAAGAACACGACGACAGAGGUAUUGAGUACGGCCGAAACCGUCUACCGAAGAGCCCAGCUCUGCUACCCCGUCGUGCUGUUGCUCGCAUUCAUCGUCUCAGCCGGCGUCCACAGCAUCCUCACGUCACGCACCGAGGAAGAGCUGCUCGUGCCAACCGCCCGCGGUCCUGGCGGGAAACCCCUGCCCAUCACCAAGAGGAAGCGAGAGCACGAGGAGCCGCGGGUUCAGAAUGUCUACACCCCCAGCCUCGCCAGGCGCGCGUGCCAGUACGCCGUGGCUGCUCUUAUCUUGACCUUCUUUGCCAAUGGCGCCGCAGUGUGUGCUCGUGCACUCCAGUUCCGCAACACGACGGAAUGGUGGUGCGGCGAGGAGCGAACCGUCUAUGUCGUCGGGUCGGCAUUUCUCUACGUCUACGUGAUUAUUACGCUCUUUGCCUGGGAUGAUAGCCCCAACGUUGUGCACUCCAUCAUCUGGGGUCUCGGUCUUUUAGGAGAGAUUACGAUUCUGCUAUCCUUCGCCUUGACACUCCCCAGGAGCACCGGCGUGGCUCUCGGUGGCGUGGAAGCGGCCAACCUCGAGUCGACCGACCCAUGGGACCUUUUAGACCUCGGAGUUGGGGCUGUGCGCCUCUUCCUCGUGACGAUUCUAGUUUGCCUCUAUGCCGUCGUAAAGGCCAAGAGGUACUUGCAGGGGCGUCGCCUUCUAGACGAGGAGGCCCAUCGAUCUCACAUGAGCGAGGCGAGUCCCUUGCUCGGCGGUAACGGUGUAAACUACCAUACCCAGGCCAACGGGCAAGCACCAAGUGAAAGCACCGAUUCGCAUAGCACAAGCGACACCGCGGAAGCGGGCUAUGUUCAGCGCGACGAGGACGCCGCUUUCUACCGGCGAGACAAGCUCCCGCACAAGUCGUGGUUCGAGUACUGCCGUGGAUACUCGGUCUUCUUCCCGUACCUCUGGCCUAGCAAGUCAUUGAGGCUCCAGGGAGUGGUGCUCUUGUGUUUUAUUCUUGUUGUUUGCCAGCGCGCUCUGAACAUUCUCGUCCCCACCCAAACCGGUAUCGUGACCAAAGUGCUCGCAAACGAGGAUAACGAGAACAAAUCGCCGUGGGGCCCCCUGGGAAUGUUGGUAUUGUAUAAGCUACUUCAGGGGCCGUCUGGCCUCCUUGGAUCUCUGCGGUCCAUCCUAUGGAUCGAGGUGUCCCAACAUACCUACCUCGCCCUGACUACGGCAGCCUUUGAGCAUGUCCAUUCUCUCUCGCUGGACUUUCACCUCGGAAAGCGGACCGGAGAGCUGCUUUCUGCCCUCAACAAGGGUGCCGCCAUAAACAGUUUUCUCGAACAGGUCACAUUCCAGGUGAUGCCCAUGCUGGUGGAUCUUUUUGUCGCCAUUGUUUUCUUCUACAUUGAAUUUGGCCCCAAGUACGCGCUCUUCGUCGCCGUCAUCACAUUUUACUACCUCUACCUGACCAUUCACAUGGCGGCCACGAGGGUCGAUGAGCGCCGCGACAUGGUCAACGCAGACCGCGAAGAAGAAGCUGUCAAGAACGACUCGAUCACGUCGUACGAGACGGUCAAGUAUUUCAAUGCCGAGAACUUUGAGUUCACGCGCUACCGGAAUGCUGUCAAGACCUUCCAGGUGGCCGAAGCCAAGGUCACGUGGGGCAUCACGCAAAUGAACAUGUGCCAGUCGUUGGUUUUCAUGACUGGCAUCCUUGUUGCCAUGAUGACAUGCGCGUUUGAAAUCAGGGAGGGCAGACGCCGCGUGGACUCUUUUGUCGUUUUGCUCACGUACCUCGGCCAGCUCCAGGGACCGCUCAACUUCUUCGGCACGUUUUACCGAACAGUUCAGCAAGCCAUGAUUUCGGGCGAGCGUCUACUCGAGCUGUUCAAGAUUCAGCCGACGGUCGUGGACAAGCCUGACGCCAAGCCGCUCAUGCGGUGCAAUGGCCGCGUCAAGUGGAACCAGGUUGGCUUUGCGUACGACAGGCGCCGGCAGGCACUGCACGACCUAUCCUUUGAGUGUGCACCUGGCACCACGACGGCUUUCGUCGGAGAGUCUGGGGGCGGCAAGUCGACAGUAUUCCGCCUCAUGUUCCGCUAUUACAACUGCCAUGCCGGAAGCAUUGAAAUCGACGGCCGUGAUGUUAAGGAUGUCACAAUCGACUCUGUGCGCCGGUUCAUCGGUGUCGUGCCGCAGGAUACGAUUCUCUUCAACGAGACGCUCAUGUACAACCUCAAAUAUGCGAAUCCGAUGGCCACCGACGAGGAAGUGUUUGAGGCGUGCCGUGCCGCUGCAAUCCACGACCGCAUCCUGAGCUUCCCCGACGGAUAUCUUACCAGGGUUGGCGAGCGUGGCCUCAUGCUGAGUGGUGGUGAGAAGCAGCGAGUCGCCAUUGCGCGCACUAUUCUGAAAAAGCCAAAGAUCAUCAUGCUUGAUGAGGCAACUUCGGCUCUUGAUGGCGAAACGGAGCAAAAGAUCCAGUCCAAGCUGAUUAGUGGCAACUUUGGCCAGGAUCGAACUCUUUUGAUCAUUGCCCACCGACUUUCCACUAUCACGCAUGCGGACCAAAUCAUCGUUCUUCAUGCCGGCACGGUAGCAGAGAAGGGCACUCACCAAGAGCUCCUUGCCCUCAAUGGCCGGUACGCCUCGAUGUGGGAGAAGCACUGCCGUGCCGAGCGCGCCGCCGAAGAGGCUCGCGACGCGACACGAAAGGCCAAGAAGCUCAUGUGCCAGGCCAACAUUUCUGGCGUGGACGAAAUGUCGGAUGGCUACAACAGCAUGACCUCCUCGGCAAUUCUGCAGACUGGUCUCAACAGCCCCACGGCUUUGUCGUCUGGAAGCAAGGGGUCUGACGCUUCGGACCGAGACAACAUGUCCGUAACAUCACACGAGGACACUGCGUCAGUCAAUGGCUCGGAAGGCACUCUAAGAGACGACGUCGACUACCCCCACGAUGAUGGUGUUCCCGGCGGGUACGGCAGCACGACGACCCCGCCGGCGCAACAAAACACGAUGCGUGAAAACGAUCGUAACCUGCACUUCUCUCCUUAG